GCUUGUUUUCUGGAUGAAUAAUUACGCAGACAUGAAUUGUAACCAACUGAAAUAUUCCAAUAGACACGUCAGCUGAGCUUUAUGGGAAACUCUUUAGUUAGAAGACUGCUUUGUGAUCUGUUGGGACCCAACUUGUAGACUGUAAGCUUGCAGUCUACCUCUAUUCACCUAUAAUGCUUCCCGAAAACCUUGGUUUAUUUGCUUCUUACGCAUAUUAAGAAGAUUGACCCCAAUCGCAGUACGAAUGGUUUUGAACUGAGCAAUGACACGCACCACGAGCCAGUGCUGAAAACUUGAUGUCACUGGUUACCCCAAGUGGGCAUUCAGCAAUCCUGCUUUGAAAAUGAUAUACAUAGCAUAGGUCAGAAAGAAGAGCGCAACUGGGGUCUGAUUUUAAACAAUCGGAUAUGACUUCUAUAGUAGGCUAGGCCUAAUAAGAUCUGGGACAUAAAAACAACGAUACACCACAAAGAUCAAAUGAAUUAUUCACCGAAUCACUGGAGUAGGAGAAAUUUAAGGGGCGUGCACACUUCGCAGUUCAUUCAUCUCCGCUCAGAACGCAUCUCUUGGCAUUCGUCACGUGAUCAAGCCGUGCCGCUUGGUGCUUUAUCAUAUCACCACACUUAUUUCACUCAUCACCAGUUGUAGUAGCUCGUGUGAAGCAUGGACAUACUGAAAGACCAUCACAAUACACAAAGUAGCUAAGGAUUUGUUUCACGUAUUUGCACCACAGUAGCUGCAGCAGGCAUCAUGCAUAACAUGCAGGCGGUGACCACAGCCAUGACACUGGGUCAUAACGCCAGUGCCGCCCCUGCCUGCGAGCCGCCCUACGCCCAGGACCGGCUGCCUCUGGUGGCCCUCUACAGCGCUGUGCUGGUGGUGGGCCUGCCAGCCAACCUGGCCACCGUCUUCCUCACCUUCCUGCAGGUGCGGCGCAAGAACGUGCUGGGCAUCUACCUGCUGUCGCUGUCUCUGUGUGACCUGACGUACCUGCUGACGCUGCCACUCUGGGCCGUCUACGUCAACGGCGGCCACCGCUGGCCCCUCAGCUCGCUGGCCUGCAAGGUGACGGGCUAUGUCUUCUUCAACAACAUGUACAUCAGCAUCUUCCUGCUGUGCUGCAUCUCGGCGGACCGCUACGUGGCCGUGGUGUACGCCGUGGAGUCCCGGGGCCUGCGCAGGCAGCGGCUGGCGGCCGCCGUGUGCCUGGCCGUCUGGCUGGUGGUGGCGCUGGGCCACAUACCCGUCUUCACCAUGCGCGAGGGCGAUGCUGACAGCAGCGGCUUUGGUGGUGGUGAGGCUGGGCCGCGCCACUGCUUCGAGCCGGGCCAGAGCACGCCCAUGGUGACGGGCUUCAACUACGCCCGCUUCUGCGUGGGCUUCGCGGCCCCCCUGGCCGUGCUGGCGGGCACCAACCACGCCAUCCUGGCCAACGUGCAGGCCAGCACAGGGCUGCGGCGCGGCCAGAAGAAGAAGGUGCGCUACCUGGCGCUGGCCGUGGUGCUGCUCUUCCUGGUCUGCUUCGGGCCGUACCACAUCAUCCUGCUGCUGCGCGCCGUCACCUACCACUUCCCCGUCAUCGCCGGCGCCCAGGAGACCUGCCACUUCGAGAACCGCGUCUACACGCCCUACACCAUCUCGCUGGGCCUGUCCACCGUCAACAGCGCCGUCAACCCCAUCCUCUACGUGCUGUCCAGCGACAACGUCCGCAAGGAGAUCGGCCGGGGCCUGGCGGGCCUGAGGGACCGCACCGUCUUCCGCCAGCGCUCCUCCGACAGCUGCAGCCAGCAGAUCCAGCGCGUCAACAAUAACAACUCCUCCGACGGACUGGCGGCCAUUGCCGUCAUUGGCCAUAAUAACGUUGUUGACAGUAAGCCCUGCACGCUGCUGGCCCCACUCGCUAAUGCCGGUGUGGAGAGGGCUUUCAGCUCAGCUGGCUGACCAGCAGGCAAUAAUAUAGAGCUGGUGUUGUAAUGCUGCGAAUUUAGGGGCUCACAUAAGCGUUAUAAAAUAUGAAUAAUGUUUUUGUUUCUUGCUGUGCUGAUAGCUCUGUAAGAGCUUUGCUGGAUCAAGGUGUUGAGUGCCUAAACCGCAUGGAUUGCUGCCAUAUGCACACUGUACUGUACACUUCUGAGAUUGAUGGAUGUGCAUGUGUGCUGUCUUUUAAUCGCACGGAUGUUUCAAUC